CAGGAGACCCUCAGCAGAGCCGGGUGAUGGACGGGAAGAUGGUCCCCACGAGGUCAGUUACAAUGACACGUGCCAAGGAUGAACAGAAUCACAUCAACUCUCCUAACUGGUGCUUAGCUCGGGCCAGGAGCCCAGCAUCAGCAGUGGAGUUUGCUGGGUUGGAGCCACAAGCUUCAAUUCCAGAGUCCCAAUUGGUACUGAAAAAUGAUGUGGAGCUCAUCAAAGCACAGCUCCUUGCUCAAACAGAGGCUUUUCAAGCACUGAGCCAUUCAAUUACUUUGUUAGAACAAGAGAGCAACUAUCAGCAGGGUAGGAUCAAUGCACUGGAAGAGGAAGUAAAAUUUGCUGCCCACUUACCCCAUGGAGAGAUGUUUGAUGAGCUAAUACAGAAAAAAGUCCAAGAGCUUUGGAAAACGAUGACCAAGGAAGUGGAAGGGCUCCAGAAUUCCAUGGUCCAGAAACAAAGUUCAGUGGAGAAUCUAUCUCAAGAUGUCCUUGAGAGCAAAAAAUUCCUUUGGGAAGAGUUGGAAUCAGUUCAGGCUGAACUGCGGCGCAUCCAUCAAAAACUGA